CUUAACUUUGCUUGCUCUUUUGGACACUCAGGGAAGUUGAGUGGAACACCGCAGACAAAAAGAAGAUGUCUUUCAUAAAAGUAGAUGCAAAUUGUGAUUUCUCCUACCAGAACCUUCCUUAUGGAGUUUUCUCCACCUCUGAAAAUCCCAAACACCGUAUUUGUGUUGCCAUUGGAGACCAAAUAUUGGACCUCAGUGUGAUCAAGUAUUUGUUCACUGGAUCUGUGCUCGUCAAACAUCAGGAUGUCUUUGAACAGCCUACACUGAACGCUUUCAUGGCCCUUGGUUAUGAGGCGUGGAAGGAGGCCCGGAGGACCUUACAGAUGCUGUUGGCAUUUGUGCAUCAAAGUGCAGCCACCAUGCACCUUCCCGCAGACAUUGGUGAUUACACCGAUUUCUAUUCGUCCAGAGACCACGCCACUAAUGUUGGCAUCAUGUUCAGAGGAAAAGAGAAUGCUCUGAUGCCAAACUGGUUGAGGCUUCCAGUGGGCUACCAUGGAAGAGCUUCAUCUGUGGUUGUUUCUGGGACCCCCAUUCGGCGCCCUAGGGGCCAAAUGAGACCUGAUCAGACAAAACCACCAGUGUUUGGCCCGUCAAAGCAGUUGGACAUUGAGCUUGAGAUGGCAUUCUUUGUUGGAGGGGGAAAUCAUCUGGGGGAGCCCAUUCCCAUCAACAAAGCCCAUGAGCACAUCUUUGGCAUGGUACUCAUGAACGACUGGAGUGCAAGGGAUAUCCAGGCCUGGGAGUAUGUUCCUCUUGGACCUUUUCUUGGGAAGAACUUUGGGACAACCAUCUCCCCUUGGGUUGUUCCAAUGGAAGCGCUCCUGCCUUUCUCAGAGCCCAACCAAACCCAGGAUCCUGAACCACUUCCUUACCUGCAACAUCAGGACAAUUACACUUUCAACAUCAACCUGUCUGUAUCUCUAAAAGGACAGGACAUGACUGAAGCCGCCAACCUCUGCACUUCAAAUUUUAAAGAUCCACAGAGUUUUGGUUCCAUGCUGGAGCUGUCAUGGAGAGGAUCUAAAAGCAUUGAUGUCGGAGGAGGAAAAACUAGAACCUUUCUGAAUGAUGGAGAUGAAGUCACCAUCGCAGGUUACUGUCAAGGAGAUGGUUACAGGGUGGGCUUUGGAGUCUGCCAGGGGAUCAUACUUCCAGCCCUACAAUACUGAGACUCUGUAAUUUCUUUAAUAAAUAACAGAAUACAUUGUCUUAAAUAGCUCCAGUAACUUUGUUUAUAAUCAAUGCAAAUACACUCCUACCCACUUACUUUUAAUCCAUUCCCCCAUGAUGGUUUGUUUUGACUUUGUACAGUAUUUGUGAUGUAAAUCUCACAAGAAAAAAACUCCCAGUAUUUAUAACAAUAGGGAUAAAGGUAUUAUCUAAAUGUACCUGGAGGUUGAAAUCCCUUACGUAUAUGUAUUGUCAUGUAUUUAGCUAUAGUGAAAAAUCUGGUUUUAUUGAACAGUUUAAUAGGAAACACUUCGGUCCUGUACCAGCACAGACUUAACACCAAAAAGAGAAAUAACACCCCCUAGCCCAAAUUAUGGAAUCACCGGCCUCGGAGGAUGUUCAUUCACUUGUUUAAUUUUGUUGAAAAAAAGAAGAUCACAGACAUGACACAAAAUUAAAGUGGAAACGAUGGCUUUAAGAAACACUAAAAGAAAUCAAGAAAAAAAGUGGUAGUCAGUAACGAUAGCUUUUUUAGACCAAGCAGAAGGACAAAAUUAUGUAAUCCCCCAAUUCUGUCUCAAAAACCGAAAACGCAAAACAAAACAAAUGAGGAACGACUGGGUGGAAACUGGUGUCAAUGUAGCAGGCACAAGAAAGCAACACAGGCCAGGCUAAGGCCCUGAUCCCCUCAAGAUCCACGAUCCGAGAUAAGCAGGAAUUAAGUAAUAAAUGGCCUUUAUUAUUGAUUCACC